UCGGUCAUCGCUCUGACGUCAUUGUUUAACAGAGCGAGCGCAGCAUGAAUGGUAGUAUAUAAGCCAGAUGGACACUAUUUCUCUUCUGAGUCGACUACUGAGGGAGAAAUGGAAAUAAAUACCCGACAUCUUUUUACAAUGACUUUAACAAUUGUGUUUAUCUUCCUCGUCGCGUGCCCACUCGCCUGCAGGGGGGCAAAAUGGACAUACAAUGGACCUGAUGGAGAACACCACUGGCCCAGCAACUACCCGUUCUGUGGUGGAGCGUUUCAGUCACCCAUUGAUUUCCAAACACAGCUGCUGAGAUACGUUCCAAACCUACCGCCCAUUCAAGUCCAGAACUACAACCUGUCAGCCCAUGAACAGCUUACGCUUAGCAACAACGGACACUCUGUGCAGUUGUCUUUGCCUCCACACAUGUACAUUUCCAGCUUGCCUCACAGAUAUUCAGCGGCUCAGCUUCAUUUCCAUUGGGGUUCAUCCAAUUUGCUUACCGGUUCAGAACACACCGUUAAUGGAAAACAGUUCGCUGCAGAGAUGCAUGUUGUGCAUUUCAAUUCUGAAAAGUACCCCAACAUCUCAAUGGCAGUGGACAAGCAUGAUGGACUGGCUGUGCUGGGAGUUUUUAUUGAGAUUGGAGAUUUCAACCCGGCUUUCGACAAAUUCUUCAAGUACAUCAAUGGGAUAAGAUACAAAGAUCAGAAAAUACAGGUUCCUGCCUUUAACAUCCGUCAGCUGUUACCAGCCGCUCUGAAUGAGUAUUACCGAUACGACGGUUCUCUGACAACACCGCCCUGCUAUCCCAGCGUGCUAUGGACAGUGUUUAGGAACCCUGUCACCGUUUCACACAAACAGUUUUUGGCAUUGGCAACAGCUCUGUAUGCCUCAUACGCUCAAGACUCUGCUCCCAUGCCUCUCCAUGGAAAUUACCGGAAGCCACAACUAACAGACAGCCGAGUGGUACAGAUGUCCUUCAAUGACGGACUGCAUGGUAUUUUUUCAGUCACGUCCCCCGCUGAAAGAAGACGAGUCGUUCAGAAGCUUCUGAUGGGUGACCUGGCCGAUCUAGCUGAUGAUGGCCUCCACCAGCUUCUACCAAAGCUGAACCCUCAACCCGGGGUGAAUAACAAAUGGAAGACCACCAAAACACAUGGUCUCCACAACCAGGCCACUCAACAUCAACAAUGGCCAAAAAACCCAAGCGACACCGUUCACAUUUCCUCCGUUGGGAAGAACUUGCCCAGACACGGUUCUAAAGAGCUAUGCUUUGAAUCCCUGGAGAAAAAAGUUUUACAUCAGCUCCAGAGAUAUAAUGCGAAGGGUCAGACGGUCGAGGCUUUGAGAGACGUCGUGUUCCCGGAGUUGAACCUUAGGAGUUAUUUGGAUUGCAAGUCUGAAUUGGACCUCCAGACCGUGAGGCAACUCAUGCAAGGAAGAUCCAGGGAUGAGGCAGCCGAGCUCGAACAAUCACUGACUAAAGCCAUGCUGAGACAGAUGAGGAGGCAAAUCAGGUUGCAUAGACAUCCAAACCAGAAAAGCAUCAUGGGGCAUCCUCGAGCUACAUCUGUGAAGGAUUUUCACAAACCUCAGCAAGUGGAAUGGGAAGAUUAGAGCAACUGAAGGCCUCAGACGUCCCCUGAAGCUUACAUUUUCGCUGUAGUCAGUCAUGCACACUCAGAAUAUUUAGUCAGCUUGACUCUUAGGGCCAGAACGGCAUUUGACUAAUGUUAAUUUAGUGUGUCGGCACUCCGACGCUUUGUCUCAGAGACAUGGAGAGGUUUUGUUGUCAGCUAGUUUUCUUUUGUUGCUCUCAGAUGCAGGUAUACAGGC